CCUGCUCACACCUUUAAUUUGAAAGUCCCUCCCGGAUGUGAGAGGUGUUUCCAUGAUGGCGCGGUGACAGCGGUGCAGCAGCAGGUCAUCCACACAGUCUGAGCACCGGGUCGCUCUUCACAGCAGAGUUCAGAAUUGCACUACAAUGUCUGCGGUGGCUUCUCUGCAGUAAGCACACAAAGGUUAUGCUGCCCAAAAGCUGUCUGAGUCCCAGUGAGAAAGAGAAGGGCUAAAGCCGCACUGAUCCACGCCAGCUUUCCAGAUCCUCUCCAGCAGCGACUCCACUGCGGAGCCAUGAGCAACCCCAGCGUUCCCAACCAGAUUACAGAUGCCAUGGCAGCGGUCAUUCACAGUCCAGAGGCUCCUGCAGCCUCAUCACUACAUGGGACUCCACGCAAAGAGGAAGAGGAUGAUGGGGACCUGAACAAAGCUCUGGGCGUCCAGCGCUUCCAGCAGAUCCUCAGCCCUGCUUCUGUCGUACCUGACGAGCAGCACCACAACUACCAUGAGGAGGACAUCGAAUACCACCGUCACUCCUCUCACCACAUCCACCGGCCUCUGUCCAAACUGCCCUCAGAGGGACGCAGGAAGAAGAGUGGCAAGAAGAGGAAGAAGGACAAAGAUCACAAAAGCAGCCACGUACCCAGCAGUGGCCCCAUCGAGGAAGGAGAGGAUGAAGAGGAAGAGGAGGAGGAGGGGACGGAGGCAAGUUCUGCUCCCUCUGACUCGGAGAGAGCCAAAGAUGUGGAGUUCUUUCUUUCGGAUGAAGACAGUGCAGCCAAACGUGGCACAGAGAGCCCUCACGCAGCCCGAGAGCUGGACAUCGUACCACACACUGGUGUCGGAGCAGAUCCUGAGGAUGUAACUUCCACAGAUAAGCUGGACACAUCCGACACUUCCAGCCCCUCUCCUCCAGCAGUGCCACCUGAUCACAUACCGCUGGCCCGGGUGUCAUCCGCCAGCCGCAGCUACGAUCUGCAAGACCGCCGGCGGACGGGCAACAUGACGGGUGCUGAGCAGGCCAAGUACCAGCGUAUCCCCACUGAUGAGAGCGAGGCUCAGACUCUGGCCUCCGCUGACCUGGACGGCAUCAAGAGUCAUCGUUUUGAAGAUGUCCCCGGCAUGCGCAGACACCUGGUCAGAAAGAGUGCCAAGGGACAAGUGGUGCACAUCAGUAAAGACCACAAAGAGCCGACCACCCGCAGCCGCAAGCAAGACCGAACCCCACAUGAGGUGUUUGUAGAGCUGAACGAACUGACCAUGGACAAGAACCAGGAGAUGCAGUGGAAGGAAACGGCUCGUUGGAUCAAGUUUGAGGAGGAUGUGGAGGAAGAGACGGACCGCUGGGGGAAACCUCAUGUGGCGUCUCUGUCUUUCCGCAGUUUGCUGGAGCUCAGAAGGACCAUCUCGCAUGGUGCAGUGCUGCUGGACCUGGACCAGAAGACCCUUCCUGGCAUCGCACAUCAAGUGGUGGAGCAGAUGAUCAUUUCUGAUCAGAUCAAAGCUGAAGACCGAGCCAACGUCCUGAGGGCCCUGCUGCUUAAACACAGUCACCCGAGCGAUGAGAAAGAGCACAGUAGCCCUUUCCCAAGGAACAUCUCGGCCGCCAGCCUCGGCAGCCUGAUGACACACCACCACAGUGCCAACCACAGCCAUCAGCCCGAGCCGGCUGUCACCGACCCGCUCAUGGGCACCGCCCAUGCUGCGGGGGACACGGACACACGCAUCGACAUGGAGAAGAACGAUGGACAGCAGAAGGAGCCGACCUUGAUGCCCGGCAUGCAUCGAUCCAAAUCCAAACAUGAGCUGAAGCUGCUGGAGAAGAUUCCUGAAAAUGCAGAGGCCACAGUUGUCCUUGUGGGUAGUGUGGACUUCCUGGAGCAGCCCACCAUGGCGUUUGUGCGGCUGCAGGAGGCAGUGGAGCUGGAGUCCGUCCUUGAAGUCCCUGUGCCUGUCAGGUUCCUUUUCGUUCUGCUGGGACCCCCCACCACGAGCAUGGACUACCACCAGAUUGGACGCUCCAUCUCCACGCUGAUGUCUGACAAGCAAUUCCACGAGGCAGCCUAUCUAGCAGAUGACAGGCAGGACCUGCUGAACGCAAUCAACAGCUUCCUGGACUGCAGCAUCGUGCUGCCGCCGUCGGAGAUGGGAGGUGAUGAGCUGCUGCGCUCCGUCGCUCGCUUCCAGCGGGAGAUGCUGCGCAAGAGGGCGGAGCAGGAGGUCAAACUGCUCAAAGAGCCUAAAAGCCUCGAAGAAAAAGAGGCCCUCCUCACACCUCUGAAAAAGUCAGGCGACCCUUUAGAGCGCACAGGACGCCCCUUUGGUGGCCUGGUACAAGACGUGCGGCGACGUUACCCGAAGUACGUCAGCGACUUCAAGGAUGCCCUCAACAGUCAGUGCAUGGCUGCGGUCAUCUUCAUCUACUUUGCUGCGCUCUCUCCAGCCAUAACAUUCGGAGGCCUGCUGGGUGAGAAGACGGGCGGUCUGAUUGGUGUUUCUGAGCUGAUUGUGUCAACAGCGGUGCAGGGCGUGAUCUUCUGCCUGCUCGGAGCUCAGCCGCUGCUGGUCGUGGGCUUCUCCGGACCCCUGCUAGUUUUUGAGGAAGCCUUUUACAGUUUCUGCAAAGCAAAUGCGAUCGAGUACCUAACAGGCCGCGUCUGGAUCGGGUUCUGGCUCAUCAUCAUCGUGGUCGUCACUGUGGCGUUCGAAGGCAGUUUCCUGGUCCGCUUCGUCUCCCGCUUCACCCAGGAGAUCUUCUCCUUCCUCAUCUCCCUCAUCUUCAUCUGCGAGACCUUCAUCAAGCUCGGCAGGAUUUUCAAGGAGCACCCACUGAAACGCUGCUCCCAUGACAACAGCAGCACAACGGGAAACUUCACCCUGGAUCUGGGCAACAGCAGCCUGUCUGUGAAGCCGAAUGUCCGAGACGAGCCCAACACGGCGCUGCUCUCUCUGGUCCUCAUGGCCGGGACAUUUUUCAUCGCUUUCUACCUGCGCAAGUUCAAGAACAGUGCAUUCUUCCCUGGAAGGCUUCGCAGGGUUAUUGGAGAUUUCGGGGUUCCCAUCGCCAUCCUCAUCAUGGUGCUGGUAGAUUACAGCAUAGAAGACACGUACACACAAAAACUGAGUGUCCCCAGUGGACUUUCUGUGACGAGUCCCGACAAACGCGGUUGGAUCAUCAACCCUCUGGGUUCGGACGGUAAAUUCCCCAUCUGGAUGAUGUUCGCCUGCUGUUUGCCCGCUCUGCUGGUUUUCAUCCUCAUCUUCAUGGAGACGCAGAUCACCACGUGA